AUGUCUUACCGCGAAAACAACUACGGCAGCUCCGAAUACGGUGGCUCCGGCCGCUCGGACGGCUACGGUGGCCAAGGCCUGGGUGGUUAUGGCGGUGGCUCUUCUGGUCGCUCGGAGGGAUACGGUGGUGGUGAUAGCUACGGUCAGAACCAGGGCGGCUAUGGUGGUGGUUCGUCUGGUGGCUACGGCGGUGGAGAUAGCUAUGUUCGUCAGGAAAGCCAUGGCAGCCACGGCCGCUCUGAGGGAUACGGCGGUGGAGACAGCUAUGGUAGUGGCAGUCAGGGCGGCUAUGGCGGUGGCUCUUCUGGUCGUUCAGAGGGCUACGGUGGUGGUUCUUCUGGUGGAGACAGCUACAGCCGUCAAGAGAGUCACAGUGGCCACGGUGGCCACGGUAGCCACGGCCGCUCUGAAGGAUACAGUGGUGGCGGAGACAGUUAUGGCAGCGGUAGCCAGGGCGGCUACGGCGGCCAAGAUAGCUACGGCUCGAGCCAUGGCGGUGGCGGCGGCAGCUCAUCCUCCUACUACAACAAGCACGACGACGACGACGACUUCAGCAGCGCCGCCCAGCAUGCCCAGUCACACCACGGCGGCGAAGAUGGCUCGCUCUUCAACUCGGCGCUAUCGUUCCUGAAGGACCGCAAGAGCCAGUACUCCGACCCGUCGCGCUACGAGGUCGACGAGAAGCACGCCAUCGACUCGCACCAGUCGCUCUAUGGAGGCGGCAGUGGUGGUGGUGAUGGUGGAGACUCGGAGCGCAAGCACGACUCCAACAGCGUGGGCGCAGGUGCUGCCAUGCAGGCGCUGAAGAUGUUUACGUCGGGGGACAAGAAGGACGGCGGUAUGGAUAAGAAUAAGUUGAUUGGGCUGGCUAUGUCGCAGGCUGGGAAGUUGUGGGAGGAGAAGCAGAGCUCUGGUGGCCAUGUGUCCGGUGACAAGCAGUCUGCCGUCAACUCGGCUGCUGAGACUGCGCUCAAGAUGUACAUGAAGAGCCAGGGCAGCGGCUCGACCGGUACCGGGGGUCCCGGUGGACUGAUGGGGCUGGCGAGCAAGUUCCUGAAAUGA